UGUCGGACGGCGACGAAGGGACCCAUUUUCUGAUUCUCUUCCUUCAUUCCUCAUUUUCUCUCAUAAAUCUUUAAAUUUAAAUUUAAAUUUAAAAAAAAAAAAACUGAAAAAUCCAAAAAAAAAAAAACGAAAAUGUCAAUUUUAGCACCAUUUCAGCUUCUGGAGCUGAAUGUCAUCUCCGCUCAGGAUUUGGCACCCGUAUCCAGAUCCAUGCGGACCUACGCGGUCGCAUGGGUCCACCCGGACCGGAAGCUCUCGACCCGGGUCGAUACCCACGGCCACAACAACCCGACGUGGAAUGACAAGUUCGUCUUCCGAGUCGACGAGGAGUUUCUCCACGCAGAUACAUCGGCGGUCAUGAUAGAGAUCUACGCUCUCCAUUGGUUCAGAGACGUCCACGUCGGAACGAUUCGAGUUCUCGUCGGGAAUCUAAUCCCGACGCCGCCGCGAACAUUUCGGAACCCGUACCCGCAGCUCGGUAUGCGGUUCGUAGCUCUUCAGGUCCGUAGACCGUCGGGUCGACCUCAGGGGAUUUUGAAUAUUGGGGUUGCGUUGUUACACAGCGCCAUGAGAAGCAUGCCUCUAUAUUCUCAAUUGAGUACCUCCGCCGUUGGAUAUAAACAGCUGAUGGGUGAAGAAGAACCACAUCAUCAUAAUCACAAUCGCAAUAGCAAUACGUCUACAGCAGCAAAUCAUAACCACCAUUUCUCUCUCGGAAACCCUGGGCUUCGAAGAACCAUGAGCGAUAGCAGUUCGCUUCUUGGAACAGAGCUCAGAGCACAGGGUUUCAUGGAAAAGGGGCAAAAGGGAAAAUCAAGCUCCAUGGUUAAUGGCUCUGAGGUUUCCAAUAAUAAGAAUAGAAAGAAAGGUCGGUCGAAAGCUAGCUCUGUGGUUAGUGGGUCGGAAAUUGUUAAGAGAGGAGGAAAAGCUAGCUCGGUGAUUAAUGGGUCGGAAAUUUUGAAUACACCGAAGAAGGGUAAAAUAGGAAGAUCAAGUUCGUUACUCAGUGGGUCAGAGGUUUUGAAGGGCAAAACGGGAAGAUCAAGUUCCGUUCUCAGUUUCUCGGAAAUUAUGGUGGACACGCCAAAGAAGAAAGGAAAACCGAGCUCAAUCGUCAAUGGCGUCGAAGUAACAGCCGAGAUAACGAAGAACGGCAAAAAUGGAAAGCCGAAUCCCAUAAUCAACGCCGUGGAAGCUGAGGUUCCGAAGAAGAAAGCCGCCGGAGAUAAAAUUCGAGCAUCACCGAAAGUUAUGCCGUCGCCCGUGGCGAAGGCGAUGCAAUCGCCGAAAGUAAUGCCGUCGCCGAGAAUGAACUUGGAUCAGGCGCGUAGAGGCACGCCGUUGCAUGGAAAGUCUCCUUUGCAAGGAAAAUCUCCGUUCCAUAAGCUUCACUUCCCGUCGCCAUACGAGUACGGUACGCCAAGGAAAUCAGUAAGAGGCCAGCUGUAUUUGACGGAAUCGGAGCUCGGUCCGUCGCCUUCGGAGGUCGCCGCGGAGAUAGCGAACAACCGAGCAGCGAACGAUGAUGCAGAGAGCUCGAUCAUCGGAGCUUGGAGUGUCGACGAGAGCGUGGAAGGCUUGCAGUCGAAGCUGGAGAGAUGGCGGACGGAGCUCCCGCCGGUGUACGAUCGCGGCGAGACGUCCACGUUUCCGUCGGAGUCCCGUCAUGCUCGGAGGAACACCGACGGUGGCGGAGGACUCUUCUCUUGCUUCAGCAACAUCUGCGGCUGCCAGUGCUCCAUCGUCUGCGGUGCUCCGAAGAAAGGGUCCACUCGGAUCCGCCGUAGCCCAUCCGCGGACAAAAUCAGCUACCUGUGAGUCCGAUCCGAGUUACAAUAAGAUUCUGAGUCGGGUUUUUUUGGGGCCUUUGAGUGCUGUGAAUACGAGAAAGAAAGAAAAAAACAAAAAAGGACAAUGAGGAAUUGAACUAACCGUUUGGUUCUUUGCUAAAAUACGCCGAGGUGCAGGAUAAGGGGUUGCUAUCGGUUAGGCCAUUCUUCUUUCUUCCCUUUCCUUUUUUUUCCUUUUUUGUUUUUUUUUUUUUUAAUUAUAUCUUUUUGGUUUGUAAAUUCAUGAGUCUCUGAUAUUUCAUAUAUAUCCUUUGCGUGACUUGAAAAAAGAAAAAAAAGAAAGCUAUAAAAGAGAGAAAAAAUGAAAGUUACAUUUCUGAUUUGCUAUUGGUGAUUGUAGAAUAUAUAUCACCAUGAACACUUUCAUGUAAUUACAAAAUAUUAAUAAUAUGAUGUGGGAAAUUUGGAUUUUUCA